AUGACGGUAACAAAACCUAGAACGCUUUACGAAAAGAUCUUUGAUAGCCACAAGGCUUAUGAGCAUCCAGAUGGAACUGUUGUGCUCUACAUUGACAGACAUCUUGUACACGAAGUCACAUCACCGCAAGCCUUUGAGGGCUUACGUGAUGCUAAAAGAUCUGUUCGCCGAACAGAUUGUACCUUGGCCACAGUCGAUCACAACAUUCCAACAAUCUCUCGUAAAAAUUACAAAGACACAAAAUCAUUCGUUGACGAAGCAGAUUCACGCACUCAAUGCUUGACUUUGGAGGAAAAUGUUGUCGAUUUUGGUUUGACUUUCUUUGGUUUGCGUGAUAGUCGUCAAGGAAUCGUGCACAUCAUUGGUCCAGAACAAGGUUUUACCUUGCCUGGAUCGACUAUCGUUUGUGGUGAUAGCCAUACGUCUACGCAUGGGGCCAUGGGUUCGUUGGCCUUUGGAAUCGGAACCUCAGAGGUUGAACAUGUUUUGGCCACACAAACAAUCUUGCAAAAACGUGCAAAGAAUAUGAAGAUCCAGGUAGACGGAGAAUUGGCACCUGGUGUAACGUCAAAGGAUAUCAUUCUUCACAUUAUCGGCAUCAUUGGUACUGCUGGUGGUACAGGAUGCGUAAUGGAAUAUUGCGGUUCAACGAUUCGUGGCCUCAGUAUGGAAGCACGUAUGUCAAUCUGCAACAUGUCCAUCGAAGCAGGCGCUCGUGCCGGUUUGAUCGCACCUGAUGAAACAACGUUUGAAUACCUCAAAGGACGUCCAUUGGCUCCAACUGGUGAAGUUUGGGAUCAAGCAUUGGAGUAUUGGCGCUCUUUGCCAUCCGAUGCAGAUGCCAAAUUUGAUGUGGAAUUGUACAUUGAUGCAAAGGAUAUUCCUCCUACUAUCACUUGGGGUACAAGUCCUCAAGAUACAGUUGCCAUCACUGGUGUCAUCCCUGAUCCAGCAAAAGACGCCAAAGAUGCAUCCCACAAACGCUCAAUGGAAGGCGCUUUGAAGUACAUGGGUCUCACAGCUGGUACACCAGUAGAGGAAAUCAAAUUGGACAAGGUUUUCAUUGGAUCCUGCACCAAUGCACGUAUUGAAGAUUUACGAGAAGCAGCUCGUAUCUUGCAUGGACGCAAAGUCGCUCCUCACUUGUACUGCAUGAUCGUGCCGGGAAGUGGUCUCGUCAAGAAACAAGCCGAAGCUGAAGGUUUGGACAAGAUCUUCAUUCAAGCUGGUUUCGAUUGGCGUGAGGCUGGAUGUAGUAUGUGUUUGGGAAUGAACCCCGAUCAACUCGCACCCGGUGAACGUUGUGCUUCUACCAGUAACCGAAACUUCGAAGGUCGUCAAGGUGCUGGCGGUCGUACACAUCUGAUGAGUCCUGCUUCUGCAGCUGCAUGUGCUGUGACAGGAUACUUGACCGAUGUGCGCAAAUUGGAAGCAGGAACAAGAAAAGGCUUCGAAGCCACCAAACCUGGCUACAAGGUUGAAAUUACUGACAGCAAAUCUUACUUGACCGACAAGCCCGAACCAGCCCCUGCACCAGCAAUCCCAAUGACUGAUGAAGACAAGAUUCGCGAUGCUCCCGCAAGUACAACUUCUUCUGUAGGAGGAGGAAUGCAAAAGUUCACUCAACUUAAAGGUAUUGCUGCUCCUCUUCAACGUGAUAAUGUUGAUACCGAUUUGAUCAUUCCCAAACAAUUCUUAAAGACUAUCAAAAAGACUGGUUUGGGUAGUGCAUUGUUCUGGCCAAUCCGUUAUGACUUCAAGACUGGUGAACCUGAUCCGGAUUUUGUCUUGAACAAAGCUCCCUACAAUCAAGCAAAAAUUCUUGUUGCUGGUGCAAACUUUGGCUGUGGAAGUUCUAGAGAGCAUGCUCCUUGGAGUUUGAUCGAUUUCGGUAUUCGUGUCGUGAUCGCCAAAUCGAUUGCCGACAUUUUCCGUAACAAUUUGACCAAGAACGGCGCUUUGCCAGUUGUGCUGUCCGAUGCAGAAGUAGAGGAAGUGAUGCAAGAAGCCGAAAAAGGCAACGAAGUUUCCGUUGAUUUGGAGACCCAAAAAGUCACUUUGGCAAGCGGUAAAGAAUUCAGCUUCGAGACGCCAGAAUUCACUAGACACUGCUUGUUGAACGGUUUGGACGAUAUUGCAUUGACGUUGCAACAUGAUGACGCAAUUACCAAAUUCGAACAAAAACGAUCCCAAGAAACACCUUGGUUGGAUGGCUUUGGUUACACCAAUUCUGGAGCAAAGGCUGGUGGUAGCAAAAAGCUGGAGCCUUUGAUUGAAAAGACAAAGUCUACCGUUCAAAAAGUUGCUUCUGACUGGUGA